GACGACACGGCAGCUAAAUACUUUUGACCCCCCCCCCCCUGCACCAACCACUAACUCUUGCUAUUUUAUAUUUAUUAUUGCACAUUCACUGUUACCCACCCACACAUUGUGUUUACCUACCCCUGUGCAUCCCACACUUAUCGGUGCCAAGCAUGUCGCUUCUGUAAAAUAAAAUAUUCAAAUCAAUUGUGUGAUCUCAUAACUAUAAUAGUGAUGUCAUAAUUACUUCAAAACCAACCUACUGUGACAUCAUAACAAAGCAUUAUUACAACACAAAUAUAAACAAUAGACAUAUAGUAACAGUAGUUAAGUGAGUCAAUUAAUUUGUAGCUAAGUUGAAACCAUGUAGGCAAGUAUAAGGCCGAGUGUUAGUUGGUUGUUGUUAGUAAGAAUGUUAUCGAACUUUAUAUUUUGGUUAAUAUUCUCCAUACAACUGUCAUCAUGUUGCGAGUACAUUGUAUUGGAAGGUAGAUCGCUUGCAUUCAGCGCUAACACCGACUCAGAUGGUUUGAUCGUCGUUGAUGAUUUUGUGGCGAGCGAUUCAAACGAAUGUAAAGCCAGAUGUUGCGGUGAUGAUAAAUGCAACACGUUUGUGUUCCACCACGACCCCACCCAUCAACUUACCGACUUUACCAAUUGUUACAUCAUACAAUGUGAUGGUUUGUUGGGCUGUCAAUCAACCAGAGCAAACGACCACUUUCUAUUCGUCGAGCCAAGUGCUUACAUCAUCGCGCCACCAACUGUACCAACAACAACAAUUAACUACACAUUAACCCACCCCACCCCCAGCCAACUGAACCAUCUUAACGUAACCGAAGCGAUUGAAACCAAAGCCACGACAACUCCAGCAGCAACAGAGGGAACAACCAAGUCACAACCGACAACCCCUGUUACCCCACCAACUACCCACCCUAUUACUACAACGAACCACACAACCCCCCUAACCCCCCACCACCCCCAAAAAGUUGACCCCGUCCUAACCCUUCUUUUAAUCCUCGGCCUUCUGUUCUUAUUUUCAUCCAUUUAUGUUUUCUGGAAAACGAACCGAACCAUUAAAGUUCGUAAAUAUCGUCAGAUGAGAUUUAUGCUUAACGACGAGAUAAUGUUCACAUGAUCGCCUUCAUCGGGGUUUGAACACG